AUGGGAUUUUAUGAAAGUAGUUCUUUAAUAAGGCGGUAUUUGUCUUUGUCAAAGAAUUAUAAUUUUUCAGAUAAACUUCCUACCUUAACUUGUUCGGAACUUGUAGAUGUUGAAUUAUACUCUAUUAUUGCUAUUAUUUGCAAAGAUCAUAUUAAUAUAUGGUAUGAACAAAUAACUCAUGAUAAAAGCUUUAUUGAGGAAUCGCUGCUUUUAAUCUCUCAUGUUGUUAAAGAAUUAGAAAAAAAAUUUUUUAUGAUAAAACAUGAAUUGCUUCUUCUUCAUAAUAUACCUAUGAUUGCUAUUAAACAUAUUAAUGGAAUGACACAAAAGAUUUUACAGGAUGAUAUUACUUCUCAUAGGACAUUUGAUGAAAUAUUUCAUGAAUUUCAACCUCAUCCUGCUUUAGAUUCCUAUGAAAAUGAAUGUUUGUAUUUGCGUUUAAUUGCUGAUACUUUGAUUACAUCUUUCUUACCUCCUGAUGAUCUUAAAUCAGAAUGCGAAAGAGUUAUAAUAAGGGAAAUUCUUUCUGACUUUAUUUUUAAAAAAAUUAUAGAUAAACUUAGUGAACCGUCUAUUUUGUUUGAAAUUAUUGCAAAAUUAAUUGUUGAUUUAAAAAAAAAAUAUAUUAAUAAAGAUAUUGAAAAAAAACGUUUUAGAUGGUUUAUGUUUGUGAAAUUAUGUAAUUUGAUAAUAUUUAUAUGGAAAAAAAUAUUUAUGUCUAUUGCAAAUUCUCCUCAAUUUAUACAAAAUAUUUUUGACUUAGCUGGCUUUGAGUUUGUUUUUGAAGUACUAGAACUUAAGACUGAGGCUCCUUAUAUAUAUACAGUGAUUCGUUUUUUUUUAAUUCCUUGUAUUUUUGUGUUUUUUGGUGAUUUGAUCUUAAUUCAAUUUAUGAGGUUUUGGAGUCAAUAUAUAUUUACUGAACAAUUUGCAGUUAGCUGUUUUCGAGCAUUAAGGAUUGCAAUUUGGUCAGAUGGUUCGGUUGAAGUUUCUAAAAUUCAACAUUAUAAAUUUGAUAAUUAUAAAAUUAAAGAGUAUUUAGAAACAGAGUUAUAUACUAUCAUAACAGUGUUAUUUAACAAUCAUUUUUUUCGUUUUAAUGAUGAAAUUAUUAAAACUAAAAUUAAGCAAAUUUGCAGUUUAUUUGAUUCAAAAGUUGCUAAUAAACAUUUUAUAUUUUAUAUGCUUGAUCUUAUAUUGGGUAGUAUAGUAUAUGAAAUAUCCAAUAUUACUUAA